CGGCGGUGCGCGCUGCCGGCAGCAGUAGCUCGAUGUUGGCGAUCCGCCCCCUCCGACGUACUAGUGCACAGCCGCCCCUCGUGAGUGUGAGUGCUUCUCCGUAACCAUGCAGCCGCCACCGAGAAAAGGGAAUUACGCGAAAUUCCUGAAGAACGUCCACGCGGAGCAGGCCGCCAAACUGCUGGCGAAGAAUCAGCACGAAUGCGACCUUCUCGAAGACAUCCGUAACUUCGUUCUGAAGAAGUCGGCGAUCGAGAAGUCCUACGCGGACGCCCUACUAAAAAUAUCCUCGGCGUACUUGAACAAGAAGUUCCCCAACAUACCCGACAUAAAAACCGACAAUGCGGACGACCGAUGGAAUAUGUGGAACGUAUGGAGGACGGUGCUGGAGGAGAACGAGAAGCUCGCGCGGGCGCGGCUGGCUGCCGUCGAGGUGUUCCAGACACAAAUUGCGGACGAGGCGAAGAGCUUGAGGAUGCACAAGGUCCAAAUCGCCAAAAAGGCGGUCGACCAAUUGAUAAUAGUACAAAAGGAGCUGCAGACCUGCGUGCAAGAGGUCGACAAGACGAAGAAGCUGUACUUCGACGAGGAGCACAGCGCUCACGACGUGCGCGACAAGGCAAAGGACAUCGAAGAGAAGCUGAAGAAGAAGAAGGGCUCCUUUUUCCAGUCGAUCACGUCCCUGCAGAAGAACAGUGCGAAGGUGAGCACAAAAAGGGACGAGCUGGAGGUGAAGUCCACGGGGGCGCGCAACGACUACUUGCUCGCCCUGGCGGCGGCCAAUGCCCACCAGAACAGGUACUUCGUGGUCGACUUUCAGAGCACAAUGCUGCACAUGGAGCAAGCCGUCUACGACAAGGUGGCCGAGUAUCUGUCGCUGAUGGGACGCACAGAGCUGCUCACGUGCCUGGCGAUGCAGAACAGCUUCGGCAUAAUCCGCGAUCAAGCGCAGCAGCUGACGCGCGAGUAUAACAUACAAUGCUGCUGCCUUUACUACCCGGUGCUGAAGCAGCACAUACAGUACGACUUCGAGCCGUGCGACAACGACCAAGUCGACAAGGUGACGGCGGACAACGCGGCGGCGCAGACGCUCAGCAAGGAGGCUCGCCGAUGGGCCACGAGGAUCGCCAGGGAGAUCAACACUUACAGAGAGAGCAACAGGAAGCUGCAGGCGCUGCAGCAGCUACGCGACUCCGGGCAAAAGACUGACCCCAACGAUCCGAACGGACCGGACUUGGAGACGAAAAUCGACGAACUCAAGCAGACCAUGCGUAAAGCCGAGACCGCAAAAAUGAAAGCCGAGGCGCGGAUAGAGUGUCUUCGAAAGGGCGGAGUGAACGUGGACGAGUGGCUGCAAGAAGUGGAGACUCUCAGUGUGCAGGAUAUACCACGCUCGGCAAGCUCGCUGUCUAUAAGGACUGAUGGAUCUGGCAAUGUGCAGGAGCAGCCAUCGUCAGACUCGUUCUACGAUAGCGACAACGACGCCGGCAGCGAUCUGACGACAGUGGAGCGGCCAAGUCGUGGUUCCACGGCGGGACAACACGCUCAACGUCAGCAGCAAUACAAGGACUCGGACUCGGACGCCGACGAACGCCAACGCCACGACAGCGCCGAAGUCGACGAUGGGAGCUAUAGCGGACAAGCGCUACUGGAGCAAGAGAAGCAGAGAAUAGACGAGAUCACUGCUGGUUGGGAUGAUCCAACGUCUGCCGACUGGGGUAACGAUGACGCCAAUGACUCCGGCAAUGUGGCGGACGUGCACGCAACUGGUGACGCUGGCUCUGCGCAGAUCAUCUACAAGUGCACUGCAUUGUAUUCGUACACGGCCCAAAAUCCGGACGAGCUGUCGAUAGUGGAAAGCGAGCAGCUGGAAGUGGUGGGUGAGGGUGACGGUGACGGCUGGUUGAAGGCGCGGAACUAUCGCGGUGAGGAGGGUUACGUGCCGCAAAAUUAUCUGGACGUCGAGAGGGAUCCCGAGGACUCGACUCAGGGCGGUCUGUCCACCCACGCGCCGAACAUCGCCCAACAAAUUUCGUUCUCGUCGGUCGAUUACACCAUCGACGACCACGACGCUGUCGAUCCAGACGCUCACCUGUACCAGCAGCAGCAACAGCAGCAGCAGCAGCAACAGCAGCAGCAGCAGCAACAGCAGCAGCAGCAGCAGCAGCAGCAGGCACAGCAAGCUACGGAGGUGCCAGUGGAGAAGUCAGCAGUCGCGCCAGUAACGACAGCGGCGCCGGUGGCCCCGACGGCGUCCGAGCAGAACCACGUGGGCGACGACAAGGAGUACUGCGUGGCGAUGUACGACUACGACGCGACCUGCGACGAGGAGCUGGCCUUCAUGGAGGGCGACGUGAUCGUGGUGGUGAACAAGGAGCCGCACGACGUGGACGACGGCUGGUGGGAGGGCGAGCUCAACGGACAAACGGGCCUCUUCCCCUCGCUCGUUGUCGAGCCGUGCGCGCCCGACGGCACGCCGCUCUCCGAGGGCGCCGACGAGGAGGAGGACGUAACGCCGCCUGGCUCGGCGGCGCCGCCCGUCUACACGCCACCCGAAGCUCCGGAGUUCGUUCUCAACGAGGAGCUCGGACAGGCGCUUCUCAACGAAAUGAGAGAGCGCGGAUACGUCAACGGAGAUCGACCGGACAGCUUCAACAUGAAUUUAACGAAAAAUCAGAAAGAUCAAUAUGGCCUACAGUUCGAUGGCGAGAAAACACAAACUCAAGCACCAGGAAUUGUUGUGGACGAAGCCCCGGACGAGCGAAACAGCAGUGACGAGGAACCGGAGCUCGCGGCAGUGAAGGCAGCUUGUGACGCGAAGAAGAAAUCAUCGGCGGCUGGCGAAGACGAUGAUCCAGGCCUCGGCGUAGCCCAAAUAGUGAUUACCGCCGCGACCCCCCUGGAAGAAAUAGAUCGACCAUUUCCUGGCAUCGAAGAAAAGGAGGCGGACGACGAGGACACGAAGCAGAGAGACGACCAACAGACGGCAGAGGCCGCCGAAGAGACUGAGCUGAAACUAACGGAGGAAGAGGCAAAGGAAGAACCGCCGCCGCCGUCGACCACUAAGCUGAAGCAGUCUUCAAGCGACGAGAAAUCCACCGAGGCAUCUUCGGGCAGCGAAGCCGACACGGAAGUCGAGAACUCGCAGUGCCUGCCUUCGGCGCGCAGCGGUAGCGACGGCGGUGGUGCGUCCGUCGACGAGAACGUGCGCAAACAGGACGCCGAUGAGGACGAGGAGCCGGCCGUGCCGCCGAGCAGCAAAAUGCUGGUCGGCGGACGAGCGAGCAUACCGGACGAGCUGCAGCCGGACCAGCUGCAGAAGCUGCAGAACCUCAAGGAAUCCAAUGCCUAGGAUUGACGCGCAUCGGUCGAGAGACGACGAGGCAGCUUCCGCCAGUUGCUCGACUUCUGGCGCUCGAUCGCCACCAGGACGAACAGGGUGGCCGACUUGCGCUGAAGCCGAGGCCCGAAAGACACUCGAGCUCCAGUCGCGUCUGCGCGUGUUGUAUAAAAGCGUGGAGCUAAAUAUGUACAGCGAGAGAAAGCAGCAAUUAGAACUCUGAUCCUACCACACCUCUCCCUCACCCGAAAAUCCCCUCCCGAACCCCUUGCGUAAGAACGUCCGAGAGAGCUAGUCGUCUCGUGUAAAUUAUAUAUAGAAAACAAGCGAUUACCAUGGUGUUUAUGCGUGUACAAAAUAUAUCUGUAUCUAUUCAUUCGGUCGACGCACUGGGCGCACACGACAAUAUUAUCAUUCAUAAAUAUGCUUAACCUCCCAUCACCCCUCCCAUCAUUAGAGGACAAAUUACGUAGCAAUGAUGACGAGCGUGUAUUAAAAAAAAAUCGUUCGGAUGUAAUAAAAACCAAUUGGUUUCAUAGAGCCUUUCUCCUCUUACAGAUGACUUUCCCAUACAUACGUUUACCUGUCGCGUCAUUAUCGUCCAUCCUCCUAUCUCUUCAACUAUUACUAUUCUAUCAUUCUGGUUCUCAUCCCGUCAUUGUAAAGACCAUGUAUGAAAUCCCUAAACAAUUAAUAGAAAAUCAUUGAAGAGUUUUAGAGAGUAAUUAAGAAAACGAUGUUUGUGAAAAUCUAAUGGUCAGUUGGCUAUAAUGAAGCUUUCAUCCGCGCUGACGUUAGGUUUUUUUACUAUCAACCUAAUCAUGUGAAGAUAGCUUGAAUGUAGAGCUGUUGUUACUAUUAAAAACAAUGCUUUGAACAUU